GAAAGUCAUUGAAAAUGGAAUAAAGAAAAAAGAAAAUCCAAAAAAAUGAUGAAUCUAUCCACAGUAAUAGCGUAUGGAUGCCGCUAUUGUACGCCACCAAUAAAGCAACUCUUAAGCUACACUACCUUCCUCAAUCCUCGUCAUCACCAUCACCAUCUUCAACCUCGCCCUCUCUCCUUUAACAAUCUCAAGCUCCCUAACUUCAGCCUUCUCCUCACGGGUAACUGUCUCUUCUUCAGGAUGGAGCGCUUUUGGAGUGGAAGUGGGAUCAACAAGAACAAACAAAUGGUCGAGCAUUUGCAGCGUUAUGGAGUGAUUUCAUCGAUGAAGGUUGCUGAAGUGAUGGAGACUAUCGAUAGGGCGGUAUUUGUACCAGAUGGAACAUUGGCUUAUGUUGAUAGUCCGAUGCCAAUAGGUUACAAUGCCACCAUUUCCGCACCUCAUAUGCAUGCUACCUGUCUUCAAUUAUUGGAGGAAAAUUUGCAGCCCGGCAUGCACGCUUUAGAUGUUGGCUCAGGAACUGGAUACUUGACUGCUUGCUUUGCAAUAAUGGUUGGACCACACGGUCGUGCUGUCGGUGUGGAACAUAUUCCCGAAUUGGUUGCUUCUUCCAUACAAAAUAUCGAAAAAAGUGUUGCAGCUCCAUUGUUGAAAGAAGGUUCUCUUUCACUCCAUACCGGCGAUGGAAGACAAGGCUGGCCAGAAUGUGCACCGUAUGAUGCCAUACAUGUCGGGGCAGCAGCACCGGAAAUACCUCAGCCUCUCCUUGAUCAACUGAAGCCGGGUGGUCGAAUGGUAAUUCCUGUAGGAAACAUGUUCCAAGACUUGAAAGUGGUGGAUAAAGAUCUGGAUGGUUCGAUUAGUAUCCGAACUGAGACAUCGGUCCGGUAUGUUCCGUUAACCAGUCGCGAUGCUCAGUUGAGGGGUUAUUGAGAUCGGAAACGUUCAUCUCUUAUGCAGCUUGUUUGAAAGUCAUUGGAUAUUGAUUACCUUAUUGUACAGAAUAUAAUGAUCAAACAUUGCAUUUCUCGAAUUGCAGAUCUUGUGUAAAUGUUCCCUUAUUUUUGGAUAAAUUUCCUUAUUGGUCA